AUGAGCAGCAGCAUGAGUUUAAGAUCAAGUAGAUUUUCUCUAAUGCAAGGUGAAAGAAAAGUGCAAACUCAAAAUCUUUCUGAAACUUUCGAAGAUGAAAUUUUCGAUGAUGAAUUCUUCAAUGUAGAUCAUAAAAGCUUGUUGAUAGAGCUCUGUGUUAAUGCUACUCUUUUUGAUUAAGUUACAAAAAACUCUUUAUUCAGCUUUGAGUUAAAGAUUGGAGAUGAGUUAAUUACAAAAUGGAAUGAAUUAUAAAGAGAGGAUAAAAAAUAUUUCAGAAAAUGUAGAAUACCACUGAAAUUCAAGUAUCUAGAUAAAACUAUUAGUAUUGAGGUUAAUCCAUAGAAAAAGCAGAAACCCUUACUUCUGAUGGACAAUGAAAGCGAAGACAAUUAAUAAAAUAAGGAAAAUUCAUUGACACCAUCAAGAAAAUCAAAUCAUGAGGGAGAAUACAACUUCAUGUAGAAUCUUGAAAAUCUGAAAAUAAUGAUGCCUGCAUUCAACGUCAAGCAAAAUCUGUUACCAGAGAAUGCAAUCGAGAUAAGCAUAGUUGAAGUGAGAAAGCUAUAAAAUAAAUAUAUCACCUUUAUUCUCUAGCUACCAUCAUCUUUAAAGAGCUUGCUAACUAGCACCUAUCUCAAGAUUUUUGAAGUUCGAGGAUAACAAAAAACAAAGAUCUAGGUUUCUGAUUUUCAGCUAAUUGAUCAAUAAACUAUCAUACUUAAAAUGUGUAUCUAGCACUAUGAGGAAAAGCACUUUAAUAAAAGAGAGUUCUUAAUAUAGUUUGAGGACUAGAAUAAUCAUCAGUUAGGAUACUAUAAGAAAUUCUUGGAAAAGCUAAAUUUGUCCAAGCCAUUUGCUGAAAUUGACUUUAAAGGAUCAGAUCUAGUUGAAGCUCCUCAUUUUCCAACGAAUAAUUUCAAGUUAGUUGGCACAUUCUAAAAUGGAAAGAGGGAGUAGAUCCUACAGAAUAUUAAAAAGAAAAGUGGUAGGUAUCAUCUUGAUAAGUCUCCCUUGGAUGAUCCAGAUUAUCUUCAGCGUUCAAAAAAAUCCUUAUCAUCUGAGAUUCAUACAGAGCAAGGUUAGAUUUAUGGGCCUAUGAAAAUUGAAACUUUUCCCUCAAUAAGUUAUUUCUUGUGCUCAGGCCACCUUCAAAUUAUUCCAGUAAUUGCUAUAGAUUUUAGCUUAGGAAAUCUAAAAUUCUAAAAAGACCUAUGUCUACAUACAACUCGCAUGGACAAGCCUAAUGAUUACAGAGAUUUACUAACCUACAUUGCUGAUUACUAUUCAAAUAUACCUGAGUUACUAUUAUUAGGAUUCUCUGCAAAGAUAAACAAACUUAAUAAAACAUCAUCAAAUUUAUUCCCUCUCUCAUUGAACUUAAAAACUCCAUUAAUUCCUAAUGAGUAGCAUAUAAUAGAGCGUACAUAUACUGAUUGCCUAAGAGAAAUUGAAUUAUCCACACCAAUUAUAAUUACGCCUACAUUUAACUUAAUUAAGAAGAUAGGUUAGUUAAUUCAAGAUGCUUAUGCAGAAAAUCAGCAUAGAGCAGAUAGUUUCUAUGUACUAUAUGUAUUAACAGCAGGCAUCCUUGAUGAUAUUGAAGAAGUAUUAAAUUAGAUUGAUGAUAACUUUGGAAGUCUGCCCUUGCAAAUUCAUUUAAUAAACUUGUCAGCUUUUAAUCUUGAGUCUGAAGAUUUGGAUUCUAUUAAAUUUCAGGAAUAUACUUCUUAAUAUAAUUAGCAAUUUUCUGGAUUUUCUCAAUUCAACGUUCAUUACUAUGAUAGAUUAAAAAUAAAAUACCUAAAUAAUAGAGAAUUAGCUUUGAGAUAGCUAAAAGAAUAGGCAUUAGACGUGGUAACUAAAGAUGUGGAAAGUUAUCUAUUUCUAAACAAUCUGAAGCCAAAUAAAUAUAUCAUGCAUCAAACAUCUAUGAAAAUUGCUUAGGAAUACAUAUCAAAAGUAUUUGAAUAGGAAAAUUAAAAUUUAGUUGAGAAAUUAGUAGAAAGAGGUUAUGAUAGAAAUAAAAUAGAAGAUGCUCUAAUUAAAGGCAAAUUUUAUGAAUGGGACAUAGAGAACGUGAUUAAGAUUCUAGAAUUUGAAGACAAAAAACCUGAAAAUUCCCUUAAAUAAUGA